UCGCACAGACUCGCCACCACGAAAAUAACAAACCUCUCCUCAUUUCCUCACGCACACCUCUCUCUCUCUCUCUCUCAAAUCUCAGAUUCUCUAAGGCCGUCUCUGCCGAGCGAAGAUGAGCAAGGGACCGGGACUCUUCUCCGAUAUCGGCAAAAAGGCCAAAGAUCUUCUGACCAAGGACUACAACUCCGAUCAGAAGUUCAGUGUCUCCACCUACAGCCAAGCCGGUGUGGCUCUCACAUCAACAGCAGUCAAAAAAGGAGGACUGUCUAUUGGGGACAUUGCUUCACAGUACAAGUACAAGAAUGCAGUGGUUGAUGUCAAAGUUGACACAGAUUCAAAUAUCUCAACAACCUUCACAAUCACAGAUAUUGUUCCAUCCACAAAGACCAUUGCUUCAUUCAAAGUGCCGGACUACAACGCUGGCAAGUUGGAGGUUCAGUACUUUCAUGACCAUGCAACCUUGACCACAGCUGUUGCUUUGAAUCAAUCCCCAGCCGUUGAUUUUUCAGUUACGAUUGGUACCCCAACCAUUGCAUUUGGUGCUGAAGCUGGUUAUGACACCACUGCUGGGAACUUAACUAAGUAUACUGCUGGAUUAAGCGUGACACAAUCAGUUAACAGUGCUUCAAUAAUUUUGGGUGACAAGGGAGACAGUAUAAAAGCAUCUUAUGUCCGCUAUGUGGAUUCAUUGAAGAGGAGUGCUGGUGUUGGAGAAAUUACCAGAAAGUUUUCGACAAACGAGAACACUUUCACUGUGGGAGGCCAAUAUGAAGUUGAUCCAUUGACGACAGUGAAAGCAAAGCUCAACAAUCAUGGCAAGCUGGGAGCCCUCCUACAGCAUGAAGUGAUGCCGAAGUCUCUGCUUACAAUAUCUGGUGAGAUUGAUACCAAGUCCUUAGAGAAACAUCCCAAAUUCGGGUUGUCCAUUGCCCUCAAGCCUUGAUGUUUUUGCCAUUAGAUGAUUCCUCGUUGGAACCCCAGUACCUGGUUUUUUGGCUGGCUCCUGAGAGGAGCACUUAAUAAGUUGUUCCACAGAUAUAUGUUUGCUAGUUGUCUAUGACUGUGGAUGGAUUGUUUGAUGCUUGGGCAGUUGGGCUCGACCGCCUUUUCUUUUCAUAUAUUCUUUUGAUUUUUAAUUGUAGGUCUUUACGGCAUUCAAUAUUCACAUUCUAGUCCCCUUGAAUGGAGAAAACCUUAGAAUCUGAUUGAUAGAGAAUUUGUCUACUAGUGUCAAGUGAUAUGCUACUGUCUGUCUUGAAUGACCGCACCCUCCAUGAGGGUGUUGCUGUUUUAUAAAUGCAGUAUUGAUGCAUUGCUUUGCA